GGAGUGUUUGGUGAUGUGGCUCUGAAAUCCAUCCGAGGAAAUACAUGCAAAGAAAAAUACAAGCAGAGGCAUCUACUUGACGGAAGCUCACACAGUCCCGUCUUUAUGUUGAGCCGUCUGGCCACAGUCCUCCAGGAGCUUUCUGGAGAGGAGGGCGCAGAUGGAAACCAACAGGGCACGCUGGUGCCACAGCUCCCUUCCGGUGAGGGCCACGUUUCGGUGGACUCCGAGGUCCCCGAGGACGCCAUGGAGAGACUGGCUCACCUGGAACAACUGGUGGUGCAGCUGAAGGAGCUCAUCCGAGACCGAGACGCACAGCUCGCGCAGAAGGACACGGAGUUGACCAACAAAGAUGCACAGCUCAAGACUGAGAAAGAAGAAGCCGAGGCUCGCUUCACUAAGCUCAAACUCCAAGCUAAAGCCAAGAUGGCCUCACUCAACAAACAGAUAACUGAACUGAAAGGACAAGGAGGAGGAGCACAGAGUCCAGACAGCUCAUUUACAGGAGCUGGUGCUGCAGUCGAGGAGGAGCUGCAGGAGCUGAAGAACAAGCUGAGUGAAGAGGAGGCCAACAACAAGAAGCUUAAGGAGCAACUUCAGGCUACAGAGCAGCAGCUUCAAGAGAAGGGGGCUGCCCAUGCUGAACAGCUGCAGAAGCUGCAGAUUGUAGUGUGUGAGAAGGAUGUUCGUUUCCAGGAACAGAUUCAGAAACAUGAAGAGGAGCUGCUGAGGAUCACAACACAGACUCGGAAUGACAGCGAGCUGCAGCAGGCUCUGCAGGAAGUGCAGCAGCAGCGUGAAGAACUUCAAGAGGCCUUAAGCUCUCGCUCCCAGGAGCUGGAAAUGUUGCAGCAGGAAGUGAGCAGCGCUGAUCAACAAAAACAGAUAUUGACUGCUCAGUUCCGGCAGAUGGAGCAGGACCUGACUGAGGCCGUCAAGCUGAGGGAGGAGGAAAGGCGGCAGUGGGCUGAGCAGACCGGCAGGGCAGACGCAGAACUCGCACUUCUCAGAGCCAACCUAGAAGUCCUGGAAAACGACAGAACGGAGGAGGCAAGGCAGCAAAGCGAGCUGGCCUCCCUAAGAGAAGCGGAGCGUGUUAACCAGGAGAUGGAGAAGGUUGAAGUUGCCAGGUUGGAGGCAGAACUGGCUCUGAUGAAAGAGGCUGAGCUAGCUGCAGUCCAAGCACAUAAAGAUGCUUCAGAGAGAUUCAAGGCAGAAAUGGCUCAGCUCGAAAGCGAGCUUGCCUCGGUGAGAGAAGCUGAGUCUGCAGCUGUCCGGGCCCAGCAGGACACGUUAGAAAGAGAGAAGUCCGAGGUUGAGAAACUAGAGAAUGAGCUGGUAACUCUCAGGGAGGAGAGAGAGAGCAUGCAGAAUAAGAGUGAGAUUCUAGGUGAAGUUUGGAGACGUCUGUGUUCCCUUAAUGUGGAAAACCUGCCAGAGGAAAUCCCUGACCCUGCUGACCUGUCCGUGCUCCUGGAAGCUGUGCAGUUUGUUGAGACUCACCUGACGAGGCUGAAAGAUGAAUGCAGACAAAGAAGUGAACAGUGCACCCAGCUCACCCACACCCUGGAAACCCUUCAGGAACAACUAGACGGAAAAACACAAGAACAAGAGGAGGCCACAGCCAAGAUCCAACAGCUGGAGCAGCAGACUUUAACGAUGUUGGACAGACAAGACGUCCCUGAACCGUCCCAGGAACAAUCUGAGGCUGAAAAAGCACACAUACUGGAGUUGGAGCAGCAGCUGUUAGAAAAGGACAACGAGCUGGUUGCCUUACGAGAAUCCUUGAAACCGUCAGCACAAGGCUACGGGGAAGCUGUUUCAGCUGAAAACUCUGCUCAGAGCCCAGAUCAGGAUGAUGCUGCUCCUGCUCAAGGUUCUGCUGCUCCGUCUGAUUUCAUGGACGACACACAAGAAGAAGAAACCGCCUUAGUUGCUGCAGACACCUCUGUCCUUUCUAUUCCUGCUGAUAACGAGAGCAGCCCAGAGCUAAUCGCACACCAGCCUGAGUCUCCUGAAGAAUUAAAAGCAACAUCCUCGGAUGAGAUGGUCACCAGCAGCGAUUCAGAGGUGGUGCAGAACAGCUGGACCCUCCUGGAAGCUGUGAAUCAAGACGUGGGUCAGGAGUGGCCCUCAGUCCCACAGGACUGUGUCCAGUCAUGGGUGGCAACAAGCAUGGAGCAGGAAGUCUCCACAGUCCACACCGAGUCCUCAUCCGUCAUCAUCAGAGAAACCGUUCAGGUCCACCUGACUGAGCAGAGUUCCUCCUCCACAGAUAUCAACGUGUCCUCACAUGCUUUUGCUCAGGCCUUAGCCGAGGAGCUGCAGAAGAGAUACAGCGAACUCCUGGCUGAGCUGCAGAGGCUCCAAAGUGCAGCUGCAGAGUCGCAGGAGAAAAUCAAGAGUCUUGAAGAGGAAGCGCAGUCCCUCACUGUUGCCAAAGAAGAGGCUGAGGCUCAGGCCAGUAACUUCUCCAGAGAGCUCGAGUCUGCUCGAGAGGAGCUGGAGAACCAUGCCCAGCAAAAUAGCUCUGCGGUGGAGAAACAUAAAGUCGAAAUGCAGCUUCUAGAGGAGCAGAUCGAUAUUUUAAACGGUGAAAAUAAAGCCAAAGAGCAAACGAUCCAGGCUGUGCAGAAGUCUCUGUUUGAGCAGGAGAGUGAGGCCAGGAUGCUGAGUGCCCAGCUGGAGGACAGAGAGCUCCUCUGCUCUGAGCUGGAGAAAAGGCUUCAAGAUAUGGACAGCAGCAUGUUGGAAUACUCGCAGGCUUCAGAGCUCAACAACGAGUUGCAGCUUCGCCUCAGCCAGAAGGAGCAGGAGGUGACGGAGCUCAGCGACAGCAUGUCUGCCAAGCUCCUUCAAGCAGAAGAAGAGAAGUUUCACAUCAAAGCUGAAGUGAGUAAACUGAAGGAGCAGAUUGUGGAGCUCAAGAAAGUCGGAGACGAUGAACCGCAGGCGACACCUGAACCAGCUCAUGCAGAGGAGGAACUCGUUGGUUUGAGAAAAGAAAAGGAAGAUCUGGAAGCUCAGCUGACGAGCACGAAGAAGAAGCUGCAGGCAGCACUGGUGCAACGCAAGGAGCUCAUGAAGAAGGUCAGCGAGUUUGAGGAGGAAACUCGUAAAUUAAAAGAAAACGAUGAAACGAUGGCGAGAGAAAGUCCUGAAAAGUUGCAAGAGGAAACUAAAGAACAUGAUGAUCAAGAAAUGGAGGCCAAACUUCUGGAGCUUAAAGAAGCUUUAAAGUCCAAAGAAGAAACGAUUGAGACUCUUGAGCAGAAAAUUAUUCAUCAGGAUAACGUUCUGACCGAGAUGAUUUCUCUGAAUAAAACACAAAGUGAAGAAGCUGAACGCUCUCAGCAGGCUGAUAUGUCCUCUGAAACGACUGCAUUACAAUCCCAAGUUGCUGCUCUUGAAGCAGAAUGUGAAGCGCUUCAGAAGAAGGUUCUUGAGGCCCAAGAAUCCCGCAAAGAAACCAUCCGCAAAGCCAAAGAGAAGGACCGACACCACCGUGAGCAAAUGAAGCAGCAGAAAGAGGAGCACAGCGAGCUGCUGGAACGCUAUGAGGCGCAGAGCGGCAAACAAGAAGCUCUUCUCACAAAACUCGGAGAACUAGAAGAAAAAAUCAGCUCUGCCAGAGAAGAUCUGCCCCAAGAAGAGCCUGAAACGAAGUCUGCUGCAAACGACUGGGUCCAAGAGGACUGGGUGGAUUUUGUGUCGACUGAAAAUGAUUCAUCACAGCCGCAGUUCAAGGAUCCAGUUCAGCCUCCUGCUAAACCUUCUGACGUUCUUUCAACAGAGAUGGAAGAAUCUCUGAAAGCUCUUCGGGAGGAGCUCGAGACCGUGCGACUCGCAAACGCCGAACUGGAGAAGCAGCUACAGGAAACGCAUUCAAGUCUGUCUCUGAAGGAGUCUCAGUUGCUGGAGAUGAGCAAAGAGCUACAAGAGCUGAAGGUAAAGGAAAGUCAGAUUCACACGCUGUCCGAAGAAAUUGAUGAUCUCAGAGAAAAGCAUCACCAAGCUGAGUCGUACGCAGAGACUUUGAAAUCAGAGCUGGAAGCUGCAGCCAGAACAUACGCAGACUCUUCCAUUACAGCUCUGCAGGCUGAAGUGGAAGACUUCAAGCAGUUUCUCGACAACAAGAACCAGGAGAUAACGGAGCUCAGUCAGCAGCUUGGCGAGCAGAACUCGCUCAUACACUCAAUGCACGACACUGUGUCUCAGAAAGAUGAGCUUAUAGCGUCUUUACAAACGGAAAUGAAGGCUGAGCAAGAAAAAACACAGAAUCUAGAGGCUGAGCUUCUACAAAAAGAGGAAGGGGGUGAGGCAAAGACCCAGCAGCUUCAACGAAAGCUUCAAGCUGCUUUGGUGUCGCGCAAAGAGGCUCUAAAAGAAAACAAAACCCUGAAAGAGCAGCUAGCUUCAGCUGAAAAGAUCGUAGCUGAGCUGCAGCAGAGAAUCAGCUCGUCAGAAGAUGAGCUGGAGAACCUACGAACUGAAAAAGCGAGACUUAUUGAUGAGGUUGAUCGGGCAUUACUGGAGAACCAAAGCUUAGGAUGCUCCUGCGAGAGCCUCAAGCUGGCGAUGGAGGGCAUGAUCAGUGAAAAAGACGCCUUUAAGAGAGAAGUGGAGCUGGCGAAAGAAGAGGCUGCAAGAGUGUGCAGAGAGUGGGAGGACAAAGUGAAAGGGAUGAAGGAGGAGUAUGAGACUCUGCUCAAGUCUUAUGAGAACGUGAGCGAUGAGGCGGAGCGAGUGAGGAAAGUCCUGGAAGCUGCCCGGCAGGAGAGACAGGAGCUGGCAGCCAAGGUGAGAACUCACGAAGGUGCGAGACACGAAGCCGAAAGACGAGCGGAGGACGCCCAGAAAGAGGUGGAGUUGGUGAAAGACAAAAUGAGAAAGUUUGUUAAAACAAAGCAGCAGAAAAUCUUGGAGCUGGAGGAGGAGAACGAGAAACUUCGAGAGGUGGAGGAAAUGUUUGUGAGUAAAAAAGAGGAGAAGGCCAUGAGAGCUGAAGUUAGACAGCUUCAGGAGCAGGUGGGAGCUCUGGAAGCUGAACUGGACACUUUAAGGCAGCAGAAUGAAGAUCUGAAUAAUCAGCUUGCGCAAACGGUGGAAAGGAAUCGAGAAACGUCAGAAAAUCAACGCAGCUCUGAAGCUGUAGAGGAGGUUGUUGUGCAGCAAACUGAUGCAGUCAUAACUGCAGCUGAGCCUGUUGAGAGUCCACAUAAAGAAAAGAAGAAACUCUUAACUCCAGAAGACACUGCAGAGGAACAAAUUGCAGCAUCUGCAACAAUACAUGUUCAACCUGCAGAGGAGAAAGAAGCAGAAAUCACUGGCAAUGCUCAAACUUUACUGGAAAUAAAAACGAAUGAGAUUGAGGCUCUUAAUGCAGAAAAGGAGCUGUGGCAGGAACGAGAAGCUGAACUCAAAGCUGAACUAGCCCGUCUACAGCGUGAUCUUCAGGAGAGUGAAAACAGAGAGAGUCUUUCGGCCUCUUUAGAGAAGUGCCUUCAAGAGAGCAAAGCGAGAGAACAGGGCCUGAUUGAAGAGGCUGCAAAGAGGGAAGCCCAGUUCAAAGAACUCCUCCAAACACUUGAAAGUGAAAAAGACAAUCUAGAAGAGCGUCUGAUGAAUCAGCUGGCUCAGCUCAAUGGCAGCAUCGCCAGCUACCAGCAAGAGGCGGCGGACCAUCGAGAGCACCUCAGCGACCUGCAGCGGGAGGUGGAGAGAUUGGAGAGGGAGCGGGCGGAGCUGGACGCUGAGGCUCGGAGCACGAGGGAGCGAGCUGCCCGGCUGGAGGAGGACUUGAGGCAAGCCCAGCGGGAACGAGCCGAAGCCGAAGCGGCGUCUGGGAAGCAGCGGGAGCUGGAGCAGCAGCUGAGGUCUGCCCAGAGGGUGAGAGAAGGCAGCCAGAGCCGAGCGCGGCAGCUGGAGGAGCUGCUGAGGGAGAAGCAGCUGGAAGUGCGGCAGCUACAGAAGGACAGCAUCCAGUUCCAGGAAAAGAUCAGCGAACUGUGCAAAGAAGUGAAGGCCCUUCAGCUGGGUCAGGAUGAGCUCCACAGCAAACUAGCACAAUCACAGCUGGAGAGUUCCAAAACUUUGGAGGAGCUGAGAAGGACUGAAGCAGACAUGGUCAGCUGUAAAGCUCAACUAGCCGAAGCCCAGAAACGGGCAGGCGAGGCCGAAGCUGCCAGAACUGCCACUGAACAAAACAUCCAACAGAGGGAGGCCAUGCUGAAAGCUGAGGCAGAGCAAACGCUUGACUCUGUGAGGUUCAGGCUGGGAGCUGAGCUGAAGGAGAUGGAGCUGAGACUGGAGGAGGCGUACACAGAAAGAGAAAAAGAGGAGGAGGCUACUCUGGAAGCCAGAAAGGCUGCGGAGGCUGCAGAGAGACGAGCCCGGGAGACGCAGACCCGUCUGGACGAGUCUCUGGCCAGAUUAGCUGCCUUCUCUCGCAGCAUGUCCUCCCUGCAAGAUGAUCGGGACAGAGUUCUGGACGAGGCGCGGCAGUGGGAGUCUCGUUUCAACAGCGCUCUGCAGGGGAAAAAGGCCGAAGUUAACGAGGCCGAAGCACGAGCCAGGGAUCUCGCAGAUCAGCUUCAGAAAGAGACUGCGCUGAAGGAGGAGCUUGAACUUUCUGUCAGCAGAUUACAGAAAGAUAACAACGAUUGGCAGCUGAGGUUGGAGGAAGAAGCAAAGAAAGUCAUAGAGCAACAAGCUGCUUUAGAGCAGGAAAAGAUGAAGCUCGACCAAACGACAGCUGAGUUGCUAUCUGCUCAAAAUGAAGCCCACGAGCUAAAAAAUGAAGCUGAGAGUUUGCAUCAAAGAUUUCGGGCUCUGGAAGAGGCUGUCAGUAGACUGCAGGGUGAAGUUGACCAGGCCAGGACUGAGCUGAGGGAGAGGGAGAAGAAGGCAGAAGAGCUGUGUCUGAGCGUGGAGCAGCUGGAGACGGACCUGCGUUCAUCCAAAACUUUGACGGAGAGCUUACAGACAGAGCUACACGAGAAGGAGCGCAGGGAAGUGGAACUGCUGGGAGAGAAGGAACAAGCUGUUGCACAGGCUGCAGAAGAGGCUAGAAAAGAGGCAGACAGCAGGGCACAAGAAGCUGAGAAGGAGCUGGAGCAGAGAAGAGGAGAAGUGCGGGAUCUGGAUGAAAAACUAUGGAAAGCAGAGGAAGAGAGGGACAGCAGCAAAACCAAGCUGGACUCUUUUAUGAAAGCCAUGGGUUCAUUACAGGAAGACAGAGACAGAGUCCUCAGCCUGUACAAGCAACUGGAGGAGAAACACAUACAGGUAAUGGUGGAGAAAGAUGGUUUGAUCCAAGAGGCGGCAGCAGAGAACAACAGUCUAAAAGAGGAGCUGCGCUCUCUGCUGGUCCAGAGAGACGACCUUUACGCUGAGAAGGCCAAACUGUCUGCUCAGCUUCACGGGUACCGAGAAGAACUCAACCAGGUUUUAAGCAUGAAGGACUCCCAACACAAACAGCUCCUGGCAGCCCAGAGAUCAAAGAUCGUCUCUUUAGAAAAGGAACGUGAGGAGCUGGACAGUCAGUUGAAGAGUCUGAGCAGAGCCAGAGAAGAAGAGGUGCAGAGAGUAGAGAGUGAGACUCUUAGUCAAGCUUCUAAUGUCAUGGCCUCUCAGGUGGUAGACGCUCCCGGUGCAGAAGUUGAGAAGCUGAGGGAGCAGCUGCAGAAAGAAAGAGCUCAAAGGGAGGAGUUGGAGGAGUCGCUGAACAGGGAAAGACAAGAGCAGGAAAACAAGAGCAAAGAGUUGGCUGAGCUUCGCUGGGAAGGAGGGGUGAUGCGCACAGAGUCGGAGAACGCUCAGGAGAGGGUGGCAGAGCUGGCUCGAGACCUGCUGACGGUGGAACAGAGGCUGCUGGAGGAGACUGAGACGACAAAGCAGCUGAGAGCAGAAAACCAGUCGUUUGCUAACGCCAUGGCCUCCCUGCAGGAUGCCAGGGAUCAGGCGGAAACCAAGGUCAACGAAUUGAGCCUGAAACUGGAGGAGGUUAGCAAGGCAGGUGGCCAGUCAGCACACAGCAGCCCCGGAGGCUCAACUGGAGAGGUGUGGAGCCUGAAGAACGCACUGCAAGCUCUGCAGAACGACAGGGAGAGACUGCUGGAGCAAAUUGAAACACAGAACACUGAGGUGAAGAAGCAGAAGUCAGAGCUGGCUCGACUGGGAGCAGGAGAGCUGAUUAAAGUCAGUCAGGAGCUGUUUGAGGAGAAGAAGAAGAAUGAAGACAUGCUGGGCGUCAUCUCGCAGCUGGAGAAUGUGGUUGAAGUGGGCGAGCAGGAAAUGGAGACACUAAGACUGGAGCGCAUCGACUGGAUGUCUCAGGUGGAGCAGCUGAAGCAGCAGACGCUCAGCACGCUAACAGAGAAAGACCAACAACUGCGACAGCUCACCGCCAUGUUGGAAGAAACUCGAGCUCAGAAACCCAAACUCCAACAGGAACGCUUUCAGAGAGAGAACGAUGAAGUGGAUAGUGCUCCUGGAGCCCCACAGGAACGAAGCAGCCACGUCUAUAUAGCUGAAGUCAAAGAGCUCCAGCAGAGACUCGAGGAAGAAACUCAGCAGAGGCUGGCAGUUGAGGAGCAGCUGAUGGCGACGCAGGAUCGACUCAAACGUCACAGUCAGGCUUCAUGGCACUCUGCGCACGAGGAGGAUCACUCGGAGACCGCUGUUUUUAUCGAGCCGCCUGAAGGAGCCGUCACUCGGACUCGGAGAGGUCCAGGCUUGAUGCGGAUGCUCCGAGUGGUCUUCUGCUCCCGUCAGCGAACCCCUCUGCUGCUCAGUCUCUACCUGCUUACUGUGCACGUUCUGCUGCUCAUGUGCCUCGGUGGAUACCUGUAACCUGACGAAGAAGACGCGUGUCCAACUCAAGCCAUGAAUAUAAUUUAUAUCCAACGAAAGAAGGCUGGGAUGGAUCGUCUGCACACACACAAUGCACUUUAUAGUAGUUAAUCUUUCUGCCAAAGUUUGUGGAGUCUGCUGAUUUUUGUUUGUAAUAUUUGGUCUUCAUGAAGUGGAUUUAAGCAGAUAAGACGUAAAGGAGCGACAUUUUCAUCUACACGUUAAGAAGGGAAAUGAGAUAUAUUGAAAUGUUUUGGCAAAUAGAGUUAAUGUGCCUUCAGGUUUGAACAUUAUUCUUCCAGAUGAAGGUGCAUAAUGUCUAAACACCCCAAAUCGAUGCCAGUUAAUACUUUAUAUAUUCUUAAUUUAUAAUUCAAAGAGUAAAAAUAAUGCUUCCAAGUUUCAGUGUUGUGCUAAAUCCUCCAUCCAAACCUUUUUUUUUUUUCUCUCGAGCUGUUGCUCAGUAAUCAGCAAAUAUGGCAGGGAUGUUCAAUCAAGACCAGUAAAGAAAAGAAGCACUGCAGCAGGUUAAAGUGUUGUUUAAUGGUGGGUUUUGUUGCAAUGGUAGCUCU